UAGAGAGGUGGAGCUGACACAAGCAGCAGUAGGAGGGAGAACUGACUGCUGUACUUAGAUUGAGAUAUCUGGCUUUAAACUGAGGUACAGUAGUAUCCACUGACCAGCCCUGGGUUCUUUACUCUGACAUCUGUCUUAAAAGCCUUAAGACACACACACAGCAUGGAGAACAAGGGACAGCCAGAUCUCUUGGACACUCAGCCCCUUCAGGAAACAGAUGAGGAACUUGCUACAGACAUUGAUUAUUCUGAAACUAUAUCUGAAGAAGAGAAAGAAGAACUGAAGAGUGAAUUGUUUAAGUUGGAGAAUGAAAUUGUUACUCUACGGCAAGUGUUAGCAGCUAAAGAGAAGCACCUCGUAGAAAUAAAGCAAAAGCUUGGAGUCAGCAUGAUGAAUGAGUUGAAGCAGAACUUCAGUCGCAGCUGGCACGAUGUACAAACCCACUCAGCGUAUAAGAAAACCCAGGAAACUCUAAGCCAAGCUGGACUAAAAGCAACAGCUGCUAUAACUAAUGUGGGAAGUGCAAUUGGGAAGAAGCUGGGAGAUAUGAGAUCGCAUUCUAUUAGCUAUUCCAUUCGCCACUCCAUAAGUAUGCCAGCCAUGAGGAAUUCCCCAACAUUCAAGUCAUUUGAAGAGAGAGUUGAGAAUACAGUAACUACAUUGAGAGCAAAGGUUGGAUCAGCAAAUCAAACCCAAGGAAGCUUUGAAGAGGUCCUGAGUUCUACAGCUCAUGCAAGUGCACACAGUUCAUUGGCUGGGACCCUACUGCCCGAAGCUGAAGAAGAUUUACAGUGAUAAGCAAUAACGUUUCAAUAGAUGCUCCAUGUAGGCCUAUCUAGUUCUAUAAUGCGACCUGUUUUAAAUCAUAUUUAUUUAAAUACCUUUGAAAGACAGUUGAUUACAAAAAGGUUAAAUAGUUUGAUCUGGUUUGAUCAAGUUAAGUUAUUUUUUAGGACUUUUUGGAGGGAAUUAAUAAAACUAAGUUUAAGAACAUCAUGGGGAGACAUAAAACAUUACACAUGAAAUAGUACAGUUUGUUAUCUAGUCAAGUCAAAAUAGAAAACAUUUCCAAAACUUAAAUCAAUGUAGAUAAAUACUUGAUAUGUAUUAGAUAGAGGAAAACCUUGGGACUUUUUCAAAGCAUAGUAAGCACACACUUGAAAUGUGCAUGUUGUCAAGAUAUUGAUUUUGAAACUCCCCAAGAAAUAUAUAUAUAUUUUGAUAUAAGAGAUUAUAUAAUGCAAUUUAAAGGGGCCACUAUACACCCCUUUUCCACAUAAAUGAAAAAGCUGUGUGCUGAACAUACUUUCUAUUGUUUUAAUUAAGAAAUAUGGUUUCUGUUAUUUCUGGCAUUAACAAGAAUAUGAAGCCAGUUUCACUUUAGUACUUGUACUGAAAAUGAGCUGCUCAAAGGCUGCUGCUUAUAUAAGGUAGAAGGUUUGAUUGUUUAAAUGUCUCUGGAAAAAUUGUCUUGUUUACAAAGGAAGGGGGAGGUGAGUUUAGUGAAGAUAGCCCAACUUUCAACUUUCAAAGUGGUGACAGUGAUUCUUGCUGUUCAUUGUUUUAAAACUAAACAGUUUUUACACAUUAAUUAGGUCUCAGAUCCAAGGCUCUAUCAUCUGUUCCUAAAGCGUGAUGGCAUUAUCAUGAGGGCACUGAGAAAGAAGAUGAUCUUUGUGGGAGGAGAACCACAAAUGUCUCAAAAAUGUAUUUUAAAUGUUCAUUAGUAUUAAAGAAUAAAACAACAUAAUCAUACAGGACCACUAAUGUAAAUAUUAAGAGGUUAAAGCAAAAGAAAGGGAAAUUUAUAUAGAACUUUUCUUUUGUCAUUUCACAGCCAUCAUGUGCCUGCUGUGGGUCCCGAGACACACACAGAUUAAGAGACUUUUCCAGUGCCAAAUCAGGUCUCUGACUUGAUAUAUAGCAUUUGAGGCAGCAUAUUUAAUCCAGAGUUGUAAACUUUUAACAUUCAGUCAGUGAGGGAUGGUGCGUGGCCUGCUGGCCCACUGGUGAAAAAUUACACCAAAGACCGGAAGUGACAUCAUACGCAAGCACGCGCUCUCAGAAGUGAUGUGACUCCCAAAUGUGCAGCUGUAGCCAAAAUAAUGCUAACCACGCAUUUACAAUUGGUUAACAGGAAGUUUUCAGACAAAUCGUGAAAAUGUAUGGGUGUGGGUGGUGGGAGAGAGUGGGGAGAGGUGCCAAAAUCACGUAACUCCUGAAAAUAUAGGGGGUGUUACCAGCUCUGUAAAUCUUAAGGCCAACAACUACAGUAUGUAUAGUUAUUCUACUUUUUUUUUAGCCCCUACGCUGCUUCAAAUUAAAGUUUUGUUCAUCUGGAAAAAAUAUCCCCCACUAUUUGUCUAUAAUGUUCUCUAAUGUAAAGUGUAAUUAUGUUCCCUCACAAGCACCUUUUCUCCAGAGAAAUCAACCCCAACCUUGACAGUCUACCCAUAUAGUUUUAAUUCUUCAUACAUUUUUCCUGGUUAGUUGUAUAUCUCUGCACUCUCUCCAGCUCAUUUAUAUCCUUCUUAAGGACUGGAGCCCAAAACUGCACUGCAUACUCAAGGUGAGGUCUUACCAGGGACCUAUAAAAAGGUAAAAUUACGUUUUUCAUCUCUUUUAUCCCCCCAAUUAAUGCUCUUUUUUAUGCAAGACAAUAAAAGUAAAGAGGUUUGAAAAUCACAGAGCUAAGCUCAUUAAUGCUCUGGGAUGAAUACCAUCCGGUCCUUGACCUUUGUUUACCCUUACAUAUUCAAGUUUCUUUUAAAUUUCCUCUAGAGUCAUCCAUGCAUCAAUAGUCAUUUUAUUAGAAAUGCAACUAUUAAAAAGCAAGCCCUUAUUAGCUGGUGCCACAGUUGUACAGACAGACAGUUCAGAAUCUUUGCUUUUUCCCCGCUUUAAUGAGCCAACUGACUUCCUUCUGAUAAUAAGGGCCCCACCCAAAUGCUUAAUUUUGUUACUAUUUACAUAUUUAAAAAAUAUUCAUAUUAUAUAUAUACCUGUAUAUAUAUUCAUUUUACUGCUCACUGCAGUGCCAUUCUCCAUAUCUAUUUUAUCAUGUCUGAUAGUGUAGAAGGCUGCUUUGCACUGGAUAUAGGCACAAGGGUUUGGUAAAUGAGCAAUAAGUGGAUGUUGUGCCCCUUAGUGCUCUAUAACUUGUGUAAAGAGUAAAUUACCCCUCCUAUGGACCCUGGCACUUGCAAAGAUUUCUCAUGUAUAUAUUUUUAUAAUCUGGAAUAUAUACCAUUUUCCAACACACAGCCCUUUCACAUUCAACAGUCUACAAUUUAUUCAUUUUUGUAAUUGCCACAAAUGAUUGUGAUACUAAUAUAUGUAAAACUGAGUAGCGAUUUCAUUGUUACCUUUAGCACUUUUGUUUGUUUACCUUUAAAUGCAUUUUUCUCUGCUAAAACAGACUAAGAUUAGCCCUUAAAUCAUAAAUAAUUUAAAUCCUCAUUUUAUAUGACAUUUUAUAUGACACUCCAGAAUGGAAGUGCUUCUCAAGCUUCUUCAAAACAUUCUUAGCAAUGAUACAUCAUUUUUAAAUACUUAUUUAAUUUAAUUCUUAUGGUACUGGGCUUCCAGUAAUAUCAUUUGAGAAGUUUUUUUAGAGUUUUUUUUCCAGUAUGGGUUACUUCUAGAUAUAGAUCAGGGGAUACAUAGGGGCAUAUUAAUGCAAGUAUGAAACUAAAAUUACAACUGUUCCCCAAAAAUUGUACUGCUUCCUAUCCUAGGAAUUUAGAGACAGAGGGGCCUCUUUAUCAAAAUUAGAAUUUUUUUUUUUUUUUAUAAACUGUAAAACUUACCAAACUCAAAUGUAUGCUUAUUUAUUAAAAAAAAAAUGAAUACAAAAAUAAAUGUAGCAAAUUUGCAUUCUAUUCAACAUUUUCAAUGACUUUACAGAAUGUCAAAAUACUGUAAUUCCAAGAACUUACAUUGAAAAAGUUGCUUACAUUUUGCUACGAUUGACUUCUACAUAAAUUUGCAAGCUUUUAGAAGCCAAAGUUUUACGUUUGAGCUUUUCAAGUUUUGCGCUUAGUAAAUAUCAAACAUUCAAGUUUAAGAAACUGUGAUGAGUGAGCUUUGGCAAAAAAAAAUAUUGUGACAAAAAUUUGAAUAUGUACGUUGAUAAAUCAGCCCCAUUUUUAUCAACAGGGUGACGCUUCCCAAGGCUGCAUUUACACAAGCCCUGUAUGUAAUAUGUGCAUGUUGUCAUCAUCGUCAACAAACAGGGGUCUUAAGAUAAUUUUACAAACAAGGGUGACAUCAAAAAAUAGGAUUAGUUGCCCUGCUCACAAGAGCUUGAACGUCCUACAAUGCAAACUUCAAAUUCUGUGAAGAGAUAGAGAUACAAACUAUUGCACAUAAAUAGCUUUUAAGUAGAAUAUAGAUAGUAAUUGUGUUACAUAUUUUCAAAUCUGUGUUUGUGAUUUGAGUUACUUGAACCCUUGUUUUUUCUGCUUUAUCUGAUUAUAUGAUAUUUUGUAUGCUUUUGUUAGUGUCUAUAACGUGAACCAAAAAAAGCAAAGUAAAGAAGUAUCCAAAUAGUAGAUCAAUAGUUUUCUGUAUAUGAAAUUGAUAUUCUUAUUAAAAUGACCUGAUUUGGAAAAAAUAAA